UGGACAUAUAAGCUGUCCUCUCUCAACUGAAGUAGCACCACGACUGAAGGCAGUCCAAUUAGCUACUGAAUUGCCCAGCAGAUGCAGCGACAUGUUACCUGGGACUGAAGUCCGAUUGAUUCCAAGUCUCUUGCCACAACAUGGUCACAGCCGGGAGGGUGCUGUAAAGUACUGCUCACAUUUUUUUGAUUUCAGGGGACUGUUAAUUUUUUUCACUUCCUAUACUGCUCUAAGAUAGAAGAGAUAAACAUUGAGAUAGGAAAACAGACUUCCGGAUUGACACUUGGUUGGAGUUGUUCCGUGGUUUAGACUUUUAAGUGACUUCAGCAUGUCAGGGAGGAGAGGACUAGUAUUCUAAACAUGAGGAUCUUAGUGUGAUAAUUUGGUAUAUCAAGGUCAUGUAUUCUGGACAGCCAGGGUACAGUGGGGCAGAUCCCUACGCCCUCAACCGGGGGAUGUACCAAAGCAACAUGUCCUGGAGCCCAAUGGGAUACUACACCUAUGCCAACAGAGACAAACCUAAAGGACCAGGGGGAAUGGGAAUUCCUCAGGGGAUGCCCCCGGGGGCUGCCGGAAUGUCCCAACCCAUGCCUGACCCCAUCGGGGCCCUUCAAAACUUAACAGUUCAAGGCAUAGGCCCUGUAGGACAACAGGGGAUGAUGAAUCAGCAGCAGCACAUCCAGCAACAGCAACGGCUGCUCAUGCAGCAGCAACAGCAACAAAGACACCUACAGAUGCAGCAGCAACAGCAGCGACCACAACUUGAGAGACAGGAUGCGUUCUUGGUGACGUCUGCUCAGCAUGUUCAGACGAUGGCUCAGCCACUCCCUGCAAACUCAGUUGGGAUGACAUACCAACAGGCAAUGCAGGGUGGAGGAAUGCAGCAACCUGGAAUGCAGCAAGGAAUGCAACAGGGUAUGCAACAAGGCGGAAUGCAACAAAGUGGAUUACAGCAAGGGGGGAUGCAACAAGGUGUGAUGCAGCAACCUGGAAUGCAACAGGGUAUGCAACAGGGAGGAAUGCAACAAGGUGGAUUACAGCAAGGGGGAAUGCAACAAGGGGUUAUGCAGCAACCUGGAAUGCAACAAGCAGGUAUGCAACAACCUGGAAUGCCUAUGGUGUCCAUGGGAAUGCAACAACAAAGACCCCAAACAUCCAUUGGGAACAUCAGCCAGGCUUCUCAAAUGGCCUUUGGUCAGCAGAUGCAAGCUGGUCCUAAUGCAAGUUCCCAGCAAGCCGUGCCCUCACCAAAGCCCCCCUCCAUCAGCAGCAUGAUGAUGUCCCCCUCCCCACAGGGAAUGGUCGCCAAUCCUCGUGGAAACUCCCCCAGAGUCCUAAACACACCAGGUGGUCCUAAUUCACCCAGCCCCAACACUCCAAGGUCACAUGAAGAACAAGCCUACCUGGAUAAACUGAAACAGUUACAGAAGUAUAUCGAACCACUGAAGAGAAUGAUCAACCGACUGACCACUGGCAAAGAUGAAGAGAGCAAAAAGGACAUCAGUAAAAUGGAAAAUCUUUUAAAGAUUUUAACAGACCCAUCCAAAAGAUUACCAAUGGCAACCUUACUGAAAUGUGAACAAGUUUUGGACAGCUUGGAAAUGGCAAAGCCUCCUGGAGUCGGAUCUGUCCCAUCUGCCACAACCACCAUUACUUCCACUCCCAUGCACAUGUGUCAGCCAUUACUGGAUGCCGUGGCGACCAACAUGAAAUCUCCCAUGUUUAACCAUGCUUUACAGCAGACGUUUGGGCCUGCAAUGACUGCUUUGUUUGGGGCACCAAUCAGAGCCCCAAGCCCUCCACCAAAAAAGAGGAAGAGAGAAGAGGUUGAGGAAGAUGAAGAUAUUCCUCACAUCCUGCAGGGAGAGAUUGCUCGGCUCGGCAGCCGAUUCCGUGUUAAUCUGGACCCAACGCAGCACUCCAAAUCUAAAGAUGUCCAUCUUGUCUGUAAAAUAGAUGACAAGAAUUUGCCCUGUGUCCCGCCCAUUUCAGUGAAGGUUCCCGAGCUGUACCCCCAGGUCAGCCCCCAGUGUGACACAAAGACACAGGACUAUGAAUCAAGUCCUUUCCUGUCUUCCAUACAAGAAUCCCUGUCUCGAUUGUUACUUCAGAUGCCCAGUAAAUACACAUUCACAGAGCUGAUGGAUAAAUGGGAAAUGAGUAUCAGAAGAGCCUGUGCUGCACCCUCAUAGUGGCGGUGGGUGAGGGAGAGAGUGUGUGGCAGGAAUACUUAUUGUGGAUGUAUGGACUGUAGCGUUGUAUGCAUGUGUAACUUUGUUGAGCUUAUUUGCCAUGUUGUUGAUUAAAUAAGUUUUACUAGA